AUGCUUUCAAUUUACCUUGGGAGUACAAAUCGUUAUAGAAAUGGCUCAAUAUAUUACAUUUCAUCUGUUAAAGUGAAGGACUCUUUUUCAGCGCAACGUGGUCAACUGCCAAUAUUUGAUAUUGCAACAAUUCGUCUUUCGGAACGUAUUAUUUUUCAUGAGACUCGUAAUCAAGCUUGCAUAGGUGAAAGAAACACUAAAAAAUCUACGAUAAUUAAUCAGCAAGCGGUUGUCGCCGAGUGGAUUGAUAACAAAUUCGAGACAUUGAAUAAUUUACAGUUAACUAAUUGGACUAUUAUAUCGAAUGAAGAUUGUGACAAUUAUUAUUCAUUUAUGGGUAAAGUGACAGGUCCUGCAAAGAUUUGUGCAGUCAAUAUGGAUAGAGAUGGUGAUGUGAAUAUGUGUCCUGGUGAUUUAGGAAAUCCUUUGAUUGUCGAUGGUAAUCUUGUUGGUUUUAAAUUGUGGCGAAUGGGUUGUAAUUUUCCUGAAGCACCGGUUAUUUUUCGAUUUAUUCUUUAUACCGAGUAUUAUGAUUGGAUGAAAGAUAAUAUUCUCGGGAGUUUAUGCUAG